UUCUUCCGUUUUUCCCAUCGCCGUCUUCUCCACUCUCGUCUCGUCUCCUUCUUCCUCCCGCGAGCGCGCGCGCGCACGCCCGCGACGGCGAUAACGUCUCGUGCACCAGGAGGUCGGAGGAUCGUCGAGAGGUGGCCGAGUCCGGAAGCCGGCGCCCUGGGAUCGUUUUGGUGCUCAUGUAACGGGCGCAAGUAGCAGCGGUGCGCGCGGAAUUGGUUUACGUGAGAGUGCGCGUCUCCGAGAACUCGCAGAACUCCGGGCCAGUUUCUCAAAGUGCUGUCAUCGGGCUCGAGAGCAGAUGGGCGGCGACAUGUGGAGGCUUUGGUUUACGAAAUUACUUCUGCUAGUGACGCUCCUGCUGACGAUUGCGGCUCAGACGCGGUCGGAGGAUGGAGCGAACGAAAGUAUCAGGGCUUCUAGGAUAGAGAGGGAUCUGCAGGGUGAUUUCUACGACGAGGUGCAAUACGGAAGCACAAGCGCCGAAAGCGAAAGAGACGCGUGGCCCGCGAACGAGGGCGACGUAAAUGUCGACAGGCUCGAUGCGGAGGACGACGAGGUGCCGCGAAAACGCGUCAGAAUCCGAGUACCAGUAGUGCGUAGCAGAAGUGCCAGACAGCACAAACUCACGGUGGUGAGGCGCAGGCCCUUGGCGUCUCGCAGCGGAGGUGCAGCUGAGUAUGCGUCAACCGCGCAUGCACCACGAAGAAUCGUAGUGACGCGAGUCAGGACUCUCGGCAAGUCGACCUACCCGACCGACGGGCCAGACUCGGCAGGCUUCUUCCAGCCGCCGGCCGCUGGCAAGCACAAAGUGACCAUCACCAGACGUAGAAAGCUGCAACCUACGGCGAUAUUGCCGAGCAUAUCAUCGAAAAACAGAGUCAGAGUCACCCGGAAGAAGCUGGUCGCCGUGCGGCCGAUAGAGGCGACGCCCACCUUCGCCAUCAUCACUACCGGAUUCUUCACCGCGUCAUCUUCCGCCGAAUAUGACGAGGAGGAGUACGAAGACGUGAGCGAGGAGGAGGAGAAUGAAGAUCAUAGAGUCGUUCAAGGGAAAGAUUACUCUACCUCGACACCUGGUCUCGAAGAAACACCCAAUCUCAUCGACAACAAACCGAACGACCAGGCGAGUCUACAGCCGUUGGAGACCAGCUCUAUCCUCUCUGAAGGAAGUAUGUCAGACGAGCCGGUGAUCAUCACCGAUAACUUCUUCUUCCCCCCGUCCGACAACGAGGAAGAUGAUGAAUACGAGGACGAUUACACCGACACGACCACCACGACUGAGAGCGCCGACGAAAUCACACUUUCGGAGAAAGACCAGCAACAGCUCACGACUGAGGCGUCUUCUCCCAAGGUGGAAGAUAAUAUCGUGUCCAAUAAGAGCGACAUUGAAACGCAAAUUGAUAACGAUGUCGUCGUAACGACUACACCAAUCGGUCCAAUUGUAUUGGACAAACCAGAGGAAGGACAAACGGUGACAACCAGCAAAGAAUCCGACGAUACUUUGACGAACACCGUAGCCUCGAUUGAUAGCCUUAUGGAAGAAAAGACUACUACAGAGGUACUACUACCCACCGAUGCCGACAUGUCGGACAAAGACGUGCUGACCACUACGCUUAUUCCCACUGAAGAAAAUGGUUACAACGACAAGGCUACGGCAGAAGAGCACACAACUGUCGCCAAUAUCGAAGAGCCGACAACCUUGACAAACGACGACCUCGUGACAUUAAGCUCGCCCGAUGAAUCUUCGCAGUCGACGGACCUCCCUGACGAGGAGAAUACCACGAUACCUGACACGACAGAGUCGCACAUCUUCUCUUUGACCGAAAAGACGACAGUCCACGUAGAGGACGAAAGUCAGGGCUCAACCGAGGCCCCUGCGAGCCCAUUGGAGCACAAGGUGCCUGCGGUCGUGAGCAGCGAAAGCCCUGAUGAGAUACCGACGGUGCGACCCAUACAACCAGACGUGAAACUAGACUCUAGCUCGACCCAGAUCCCCGAAACAGUCCCCUUGUCCAUGGCUACGAUCGCGCCGAGCUUCGACAGCGUGAUACCGCUCGACACCACGACGACAUCACUGACGCGUGAGCCCGAUAUGACCAACUAUCGAUACGAUUCGGACGUGCCAAGCGUGAUACCUCUCGGCGCGGACUUGAAUCGCGAUGCGAAACCGCCCGGCACUCCCGUGAUUGAGACCAUCCCCGCGACCAAGGUCACCAGCAAGAUCGCGUCGCCCACGCCGGAGGAGAUCGAGGCCGGACUGGCGGACGAUCUUUACUUGUCGCUGUCUCGCCUCGAUUUCCCCGAGAUCUUGCCGUCCAAGCCAGCCACGGUCGACCUGCAAACCGAGUUCAUGACCCCGGACCUCGCGCUCGAGCCCAGCACGAGCGUUUAUUACACUGAGACGGUAGUGACGUCGACGCGAUUAAGGACGUACACGUACGUGGUGACGCAACUUAACGGACUGGAGACUAAAGUGACAUCGUCGACGACCGUACGACCGAGAGUGACGACACUUACGCUGACGGUGCCGGUCACGGUGACUGUCACUCCUACCGUGGAGUCGUCAGCCAGCUUCGUAUCGUCUGUGUAUAAUCCAGUACCCGUUGCCGGAGAGUACGAGACGAAGGAUGAAGAGGAGGGACGCAGGUUCAACUUGGCGACCCGCGUAAUGUCGAACGGCGUGGAAGUCAUCGUCGCCGAGCCGACUCCGGCUCUACGAUGGGAGAACUCGAAUCCUCAACCUACCCUCACCCUGUCAGACGCGGUGGUCAUGCUCCUUCCGCAGGAUAAGCCGAACGAGUUUGUCACGAAGACUUGCACAACAACUUUCACGUAUCUCAGCACGAUCACCAAGGAUGGAACGACUACCGUCUCCACGGAGCAGCAGGUGGUGGCAAACACGGCGACGGAAGAGCGACAUAGGAAACCCGGUUCUGAGACGGCAGCCGUGACCCUGGAGGCGUCGCCGACUCUGCGCACCGAGGUGUUCAAAACCACCUACACGUAUUUGACUUUGAACACCGACCACCCGGACGCGAACGACGCGUUAGAAAGUAGCACGAAAGUCAUAACGAACACGGUUACCGCACCGCAGCAUUACCUAGACAUGAUUCUCGAGCCGUCAGAAGCGCCGCGACCGGAAACCAAUACGUACCUCAGCACCAGAGUAUUAGAGAAGACGUUUAUGGAAGAAGGUCGCACAAAAGUGGAAACGGUCAGCGACACGAUUACUCAGCUAAUAGUAACGGAAUCGGCACCACCGCCGCGGCCAACCAGCGUCACGACCACCUUGACUGCCCUAGACAACACCGACGGCAGCAUGACGGAUAUCACGAAGACCUAUUACAUCACGUACACGUACUUCAACACAUUUUUGGAGAAAGGCAGCACGGUGGUGCGCACGAACGUGGCCACGUCGACCGACGUGGUGCUGGAGAAAGUACCGGUGCGGAAAACCACCACAAAGACCGCACCGAUUAAUCCUACGCCGGAGCCUAUACAAAUCUUCGCUACGAAGACGUACCUCACCACCUUCACGUACUUCACGACGUUACUGCAGGCUGGCCCAGACGGCGAAACGUCGACCACCGUGACGUCCCGCUCGCACAUCGUCGAGAACGUUGUAACGGAGUCGAUCGCCCCGAGCUUGCUGGACGCCGGUUACAUGAACGCCCUGCUGACGACCGCGCACCACUCCGACCCGGUGAAGAACGUCGUCACCGGCUCGACGAUCAUCUUCUUUGACGAGGAGGACCAGAUCGACCCGACCGCGACCACGAAUGCGCCGGAAGCGACCUCUUUCCCGGAGAUCACGAAGGACGAGAAGAGCACGACGACCCCGACGCCGACGGACACGUCGUCGGCGAUCGCAAAACCGGUGAAUGCGACCAAACAGAAUAAUAAUGGCAGCGCGUCAUCGGGCGAUGAGCCACAAAACAAACGGCCCACUUCUCAGGCCGGGGAAGAUCUUCAAGUCGGCAAUCUUCUCGGCCUCGGCUCUCUAGGAAUCAACAGCCUGUCUGCCCUGGGACCGGUGAUUACGGCGAUGGCGGGAUUACUGCAGGGGAAGACCGCCUCGGCCUCGCGGCGAAACGACACCGCGUCUCUCGCGGAGACCCAAGAGGUCACUACGCAGAGAUCGCCGAUUUACAUACCGGUUGCGGAAUUCGCCGACGGUGAUAUCGAAACUGCAGAAAGCCAAAAUAUAGCCGCUCAUCUGGCGAACUUGAAUCACAAUUACAUCGCCGAGACGCGUCACAAAGUGGCCAGUAGUCUCGCCGACGGCAUACCGAUAUCCCCCGGCGAGGUGAUCACCGCAAACAGCGACGUCAUCAUAGGGAAACCCGGCAAAAUGGCACCGAGACCGCCGCAGACGUAUCUGAAGGACGGCAUGAAACCUCCUCCUUUACCCGUGCCUAAUAUCCCGGUGCAUCCUGUACUGGAAGUUCUCAAGAGCGAUCACGAGGACGUGCAAGCUCAGCCGACCGUGGAAGGUCCGCAGGUGCAGAUCCUGCCGGCACACCAGGUCUACGAAGAACACCUGAAAGUGCCGGUCUCUAUUCCUCUGGACGCGAAUCACCCGACCGCUUCUAAGCAACCUCAAAAACUGCAUCCCGUUCAACCGUCGCCUCCUAAGAGGAUUGGAUCGAAUCAAGAUAUCUUGCAGAACGAUCCCCUGCUGAAGCCACCCGAUAGACCGAAUGUGGAGCAAUACGCGAAUCCGAAUUUGAGCCCGAAGGUUCCAGAAUGGAAUCCGGAAAAGUACAGGAGACCUUGGAGCGCCAAAGAUCCCUUAACACCGCCUCUGUCAUCUACGAUAUACGACGAAAUUCAUCCGGAUAAAUCAAUCGAGAAACCUCGUCCGACUAUGCUACCGUCCGAAGAACAGAAACGACCGCCAUGGGCGCAGAAAGAUCCUCUGUUGCCGGAUACUUCCAUCGUCAUUCAAAGCUCAGAGUCGAAAGAUAUUCCAACCCGACCGAUAGUUCACCAGGUCCCACACGUCAUCAACAGGUCUACAGGACAGCCUCUGUUAGUUAAUAUCCAACCCAGCCAAGUUGCCAACGUCGUAAUUCCUCAGGGAGGCACGCAAGCGCUGAUCUUCGGAGACACCAAUGAACCUCACAUAAGCGGGCAAUAUUUCGACGACCCUUCACCCUAUCCAGAACCUGAAGUUGGGCCAGGCUUCGUAGGUAUCCAAAAGGUUCAAGACUUGCCUCAAUACUCAAACGAGAAAGAUCCAGCCGACUACAUGGUCCCUCCCUCACCACCUCCGUCGUCACCCAUUAGUUUCAAGCCCGCUUCAUCGAAACCAGGCUUAUCCGGUCGUCCACAUACCAUUCCCUUAUCACCCGUACGGGUUGAUUACGGGAGACCGCAGGAAACUCCAGAGACUCCUCUACUACGACCCGACAAGAGACCGUCGGAAGUGCAUCUGAUCAAACGUCCCGACGGAUCCGGGAGUUCCAGCCAAGGUCACGUUCACACCGAAAUCCUCGUACAUCACAAACCGGAGACGAUCAACAUCCGACCGCAGCCCGCUCCACACCCGUCUAUUCACUCUCACGUGCACUCGGUCCAUCAGCCGCCAGUACGCGGCCAUUUCCCGAAGGGCCAAGGCCCGGUGGAACAAGGGAACCCUCCGAGACGUACGGAGGUCUCCUCAUCGGGUGAAGUCCCGCACCGAUACAUAUUUCUCGGCAAGCCAGACUCUGGCAACGAGAUAACACUAGGCGCUAAUUGGAAAUCCGACAAGAAGCCGCUAAGAUUCGCGCCGAACAGCCGACCGAGACCGCGACCUAUACUGAGACCAACGUCUGACCGUCCCUUGGACAGGCAUGUCUUCGUGGAACGGCCCACCGGAUAUCCUCCGGCACGGAAACCAACAUAUUCUGGACCUCCGAGACUUCCGGCCAAGACACAGAAUACCUUCGUCUUGCCACAUCGCCCGCCGAUGAGUCCUCAGUCUCACCAGGAGUCUACUCCUGAUAGGAUACCACCCAAGCUGUUUACCCUUCAAGUCGAUCAUCAGGAGCGACCGCCGCAUAUCUAUCCGGAAAACGUAGGUGUGGGUAACUUUAUGACGCCGCCUGCCCCCACUGAACAAAACAGCCGUGUUCCUCCGAUUAGUGCGAUGGAAUAUCACAAUCCUUCGUAUUCGAACCCAGCGUCGGAGGAUAGUAAGUACCUUCAGGUACCAGCGAUACCGCAGCAGAUGCCGGAAGAUCAGCCCGAAAAGUGGCAAACGCAAGUGCAAACGGAACAGACGUUGCCGGACUCCGCCAUCGACGCCUCAGAAUACGUGAAUUACCAAAAUCAGUACAAUGAUCAGGGUAACAAGAGCCAAGAGGUCAGCGGUCAAAGUAAGAAGGAUAUGCUGAAUUCAGCCUACGCUCACAACAUCAAUCAGACCCUGAAUCGGCAAACUCCUUAUGGACCGGUGGUUUCCAUUAAUACGGUAGUGGGCAAACCGCUGGAAGUGGGACAAGAACAAAGCAUGACUUUCGGAUACAAGACGGACGGCAAACCGAUAUUGCCAGGAUCACACGGUGCUGAUCCUUAUAGUACGAGGCCUUACGAAUUGCCCGUAGUACAGGGUAAACCCUUCGGCGUUUACAACGGCUACGUGGACCCAACCACUCCGUAUGGUUAUAAACAGAAGGAAGGUAGACCCGAUUACGAGAUAGUUCAUGGUAUACCCGCCUCUCAUGGCGAGGUUCUCGCUUCUAUGCCGACGUUGAUCCAGAAGACACAAGGCAGCCAACUUACGACAGUCAGUACGCUCGAGCACGACGAUACCAUCGAUCUAAAACCGCCAGCGAUUAUACCUCAAUUCGGCGCUGAAAUGGACAGACCAGGAAGACCAUAUAUCAGACCGGCCCGUCCCGAUUCGAGGCCUGUUCUGUAUGUCAAACCGGAAAUACUGACGAAACCGCCGAUCAAACUGGAAAUCAGGCCUGAUUACGUGAUGAAACGUCCAGGAGACGUGAAGCUGAACGCCGCGGAGACCUUCAUCAAUCAGACACUGGAUCACGGGUUGAAACUGAGUCACGAUCUUCAGAAGUGGAAUGUGGGUGCGAUACUUCCGGAUGUUACAAAGUCCCCACAGAAAACACCAACUGGACACGAUUCCCACGUUGCUCAAACGAGCGUGAGGCCAAUCGAAUAUAAAAACAGCAGCGUGUCUCGCCCUACUACAAUCGGGAAUAAUCGACCAGUCGUUGUCGUACGUCCAGAUCACGGAACGUACACAAGAGUGCACCCAGAAUAUCCUCAUAUUCUGACGAAGCCGAAGCCCCAGGUGCCAGGACCAGUGAUUAUCUCGAGCGGCACGGCGGGAAUGGAGACGCAUAGUCGGCCGAGCAUCAAGUUCUCCAUGCCGGUGGAGGCAAUGGGUGAGGAAGUGGAUAGCAAGACGCAGACUGAGAGGCCACCCAGCAUGUUGGUCACGAAGAACAAUUUGUCGCACAACAAGAAGAACGACGAGAUUCUGGACGCGGCGUACCAAACGAACUUUGCCUCCUCGGACAGCCAGAGCAAGAAGGAUGAGGUUAAGACGAGGCCAAUUAAUAUUAAGGACAUGAAUAUUCCCUCCAGGAACAUGAUACCGCCGCCUUUAAACGCCGGAUCGAACCAGUCCAACAAGAACGAGCAAGAGGGCCUCAAGCCUCCACCACCACCGUCGAGCGAUGUGGUCGGAUUGUCGCCACCACCGGUAGACAUCACUACCACUCAUGUGCCGAUAGAAGAUCGCUUCGCUCUAGUGACAACCGACGAGUCCGGACUGAAGCCGCCGAAAUAUGUGCCUUUGAAAGAAUCAAUCACCACCGUUGCACCACCUCCACCUAGCACCAGCAUGGUGCCACCUAGUCCAAGACCGUCUCUUACGAAACCAUUCCUCGUGGAACUGCUGUCACAGGACAUGGUGCCACCACCACCGGUAUUGACAACGACCAGGCCGCUGGAGAUCGCUACCGUGAGACCAGCUGUCGCGGUGUCUGGCUCCAUACAAAUAGCCACCGCGGUCGCGACGUCUCAUAUUCCAGUGGUGCAGGAUAUCGAGUCCAAGAUCCCGAUUAUUCACGGCACCGUUGAUCUGCCAGUCGUGGUCGACGUGCCCGAGAUCCUCAGACCAACGGAGACACGAAUGACCGAACACGUCAGCAUCUACACUGUGCGGCCUUUCGAUACAAAACCAGUGACUAGGAUUCCAAUUCAGACAACGUCGACGCUGUCGACGAACAUGGUGAUACCAACGAAACUGCGAUUACCUCAAGCAGACCAUAUCCAGCCGAGCAGAUCGUCGACGAUCCAUCGUGAUGUCGAUCCCACGAGGACGCAUAUGAUGGAUAUCCCACCGAAUCCUGUCGAACGGCCGGAGCACCCGAUAUUCUUGGAAUCCAGCCACGAGAGUAUCUUACCGUCUACUGUCAGAAUGAAACCCACUGAGUCAUUAACAACCAUCGCGGAAACGGAUCAGAAGAAGCAAGCGUAUCCAACCGUGUCGAAAACGGACAUGAUCAAAACGCAGAAACCGCAAACGACUCAACACAGCAGUACAACGAGCCAACAACGCCCUAUAAUCGUCACCAGGGUCGAUAGCUCGAUCACUAAAGUAACCAGCACGUUGGUGCCGAUGAAGGACAGCAAGACGAGUCCCAAAGCUACCGAUUCGACUACUCAAUCUACGAUGAACGCUGUGGAGACUGCAACUAGUGUUGUCGUCAAAGACGGGCCUAACGUUACCGUGCGAACAAAGCCGAAGGAGGUGACGCGGUUCGUAACGUCGACAGUGACAAGGACGAAGACAUCGGUAUUGGGUUCGCCGCCGACGACAAGGACGCUUCUGCUCACACAUACAAUCACCACCACAACGGUAGAGACGGUGACAGAAACACUAUUGCGCCCGACAAGCGUCGUCUCCACGGUUACUUCGACGAUCUUGCAACCGAUCGUCACCAGGGUACCGUCGUCAUACGACAACACAGUGGACAAUGAUUCGAUAUUCGUCGUGAUGAGCGACCAAAAGCCACCAGCGCCUGACGCGGAAGAGGUGGAAGCUGAAUACGGCGAGGAGGUCUCGCGCGAUGAGCAGGAUCCAACGGGCAACGAAGUGCACAGGGUGCUCGCGGGUGGGGUGUUGGGAGCUCCGGUGGUGCCUCUGACACCCAUUGCGAAUCAAUGCACUCCGGAAUGCAAAUCGUCCAAGUCCGAGAUAUGUGCCGAAGUGGGCGCUGAGAUGAGAUGCGUGUGUCGGCCAGGAUUCGCGAGGAUGUUCCCGGAUCGCCCUUGCAAGCCGACUUACACCUACACCUUGCGUGUCGGACUAGACCGCAUCGGUCACGAGUCCGUGACGUACGACGGCGCUCUGAACGAUUCUACUUCGACGAUGUACAAACACCUGGCGGUCCCAACGAAGGACGCCCUGGACAGGACCCUGAUGCAGAGCGAUCUGCGGGACGUGUAUAGAGGUCUGAAGAUCGCCGGGUUCACCUCGGAUCCUACGAAAGUCGAGUUCCACGUGCAGCUCAGCGAUAACGCCAACGAGACCAGACUGAAGGAGAUCCUGAGGAAAUAUCUAGUCGGGAGCAAUUACAGUUUGGGCGGUACGGAGGUGUUCGCCUCGAAGAACCUCGACUUGAUCGAAGCGCUCGACUUCGACGAGUGCGCUUCGAAGGAGGGUGGGCCUCAUCAUGAUUGUUCGCCUCACGCGGCGUGCUUCAACUUGCGCGGAUCAUACCAGUGCUCUUGCAGAGAAGGUUGGGCCGAUCUGUCGGAAAACCCGGCGUAUCCCGGUAGAGUAUGCUCACAGGCACCAUUAGGGUGUGCUGGCUGCAACAACAAAGGUCACUGCGUCACCAAUUCCUUCGGCCAAGAGGUGUGCGAGUGCUUCCCCUGGCACAGCGGUCAACGCUGUCAAGUGAAUCUCAAAGUUUUGCUGAUAGCUUUGGUGACAACCGGAGCGAUUUUGUUGGGUCUCUUGGCGGUUUGCGUGGGGAUGGCGUGCUUCCGCCAUCCAGGACACGACCGAAAGACCGGCGACAGACGAGCGAUGAUCCCUGGAACCGGCGGUGACACCAGCAGCGAAGGUAGCGUCACUGACUUGGCGAUACCGCAUCAUGUGCCGCACGUAUUGCCGCCACCGCCGCAGAUGAUAGCACCAUUGCCGCCGACGAAUAAGCGGCCAAUCCGCAAGAUCAGCGCGAAACCUCGCCAUCCGCCUAGAAAAGCCACGAUGGUACCAGCUGCUGCGAUACCGAUCAACGACGAGCAACGCGAUCGCUCAUUGACGGUGAUGAUCCCACGAGCGAAAUACCGAUCGGCGCCGCAGUCACCGCAAAAUUACAAAGCCGGCAUGAGCACCUUUGCCGCAGAGGAGCACAAACUCAUCAAUUACCUGGACAAUGGCAUGCACUCGCCGGCGAACAGGAAACAGAGUAUAUCCAGCGCGAAGGACUGCAAGGAAGCCGAUCUGCAAGGUGCACGAGGCCCGAUGACGCCCACAGGUGCUCUCGUGAGCGCCGGUUUCCAGGUGUCGGCGACGGUGACGCGUACCGUAGACGCGGAGUCCACCCUGGCGCGAUCCUGCGGCGAGACAACUGUGGAGCCGGCGACGAAGGUGCUGAGAAGCGGGGAUCUUCAAGUGGACCUCGACUCGACUCUGGCCCGGUCGUGCGGCGAAACGACCAUUCAGGCUCCGACGAAGCUGCUGAGACUGGACUUGGGAGAGGCUGGCUCCACUUUGGCGAGGUCCUGCGGCGAAACGACUAUUCAGCCGCCGACGAAAGUUGCCGCCGCGCGCAGGAACAGCGUCAAAGACAAUACCAGGGACAAUAGGGACACCAGGGACAGCGCCAGCGAAGGCCACACCAUGGCUGAGCGGGACUUGGGCAGCACACUGAGACUUCCAGCGCAGCAUCCGCCACUCUACAGUCCGGACAGGACCAGCGAUCGGGAAUCCAACUUUGAUUCGCUCUAGACGCUCAAACGUGAACGAGUCACGACGCAUGAGAAGAUUGACCGCGGAUGACGCCGCUGGACGGUAUCCUUCGCGGACUGUUAAAUUUAUAUAUUACCGGUCGAAAUUUGCGGUUAUACGUCGAAAAACAGAAAAAAAGCUAGGAAGAACGAAAAAGACUGACAUUCGCGUCGUCUGUAAUUAUUUAUUGAACGCGGUCGCGCCUCUUCGUUUCAAUUUUCACGGCACCGUUACGGAAACGCCGACUCGCCGCACGAUUAUUUAUUACGAGCAACACAAUUUGGGCAUCGCCCCCCCCCCUCCCCCGGUGCCGGGAAUCGUUAGGAUCAUCGACGCUCCUCUUCUCAUUCGUGGAACUCACUGAGAUCCGAAACACACGCCUCACAGAUUAUUAACAAUACCCCGCGCGUAACUUCGUUUCGAGGCGAGGGACAAGCGCGCGUGACUCAACUCCGUGCCAAAAUACAACCAAUGAAAUGUAGGGAAGGCUCCUCGAGGAAAGCAGCUCUUUCUCGUCUUCCUGUACGAUCGUCGCAACUUUACCAUGCGCCUGCACGCGUGGUGCAACAGUGUCAUAAAUCGUGGAUGGCGACAGGUUGUCGCGCGAGCAGCACGACGAGGAAGCUCGAUGCUCUCGUAUCGGCCGCAAGGGGAGAAUAUUUUUUAUUAUUGUUGUUAUUGUUUGUUUAUUUAGUCUAUUCGCCGACGACGAGUCGUGUCAUGUUGCCCGGCUUCAGCCCGUUGCGAGGCUCCACUUUUCACGGAGCGAUCGUCGUCUCGAUGAUCUCGAGAUCGACGAGGAAUGUCCAGCGUUCCAGCGUUCGCCCGAAUAAAAACCGUCCACGUCACGCUCCCGAUGCUGAAUAUCUCCAUCCGAUGUAACGCUUCGUCUCACUUUUUCCACAAGAUACUUCGAUCAGGAAAUGCUGAUUAUUCGCAUCGACUUUCGAAACAUUCUCGAACCUUCGAGGAAAUGAGAGAAUUUCCCUCAAUGUCCAACGAAGAAGUUGAUAAAUUGGGAGAACGAGCGAGUUGAGAAAAUUCUACGCUCCCUCGGGAGAGACACGCUCUCUUUCCAGCCCCGUUCGCGAGAGGUGCCGGACGAAGCCGGAGCAACGUUGCUGUCUGUCAGAUCCGAGAGAGGAAAAGCUAACGACUUGCGUUGAACGAGCGGUUAAGCGAGCGGGACGCGUACGAUGUAUGUAUUUACGGUUAGCUCAGUUAGGUAAGCGUAAGCGGAAGCGCAACAGAAGGACAGGUGUAUUACAUGCGUCAAGGUUCUUCCGUGAGUCUAUGUUCACAACCAAAAGAUCGUUCCGCCUGCGCGGGAUGAAUUAAGUUCUGCCGACUUAAGAGACGACGAAGACGACGAUGCUCGUACCUCUAAAGCUACGUUACUAACCUCGUCCUCCUUACUUUGUCCGAGUGGAUCCUCCUCUUUAUACAUACCUUAUGCAUAUAUAUGUAUAUAUACAUAUAUACACACAUAUAUAUACAUAUAUAUAUAUAUUUCUUUUUACCUGUUGUAAAUAAUCUCUUUCUUGAUUCUUUC